AUGGCACCCAAUAUUUACGAGCCACUCGACCUGCCGCAUGAGACGAGGAUCUUGACUAUUUUGCCUGGUAACGAUGACGAAGAAAUAGUGUGCAAACUAUCCAAUAUGAAGUUUGCAUCUUGCGAGGCAUACGAAGCUCUUAGCUAUUGCUGGGGUCGCAGUGUUGCGCGUGAACUCGACCUCGACACGGAGGUGCUCAUCAGAGAUGUGUCGCAACCAAUUCCUGAUUUGCAUUCCGAGCCAGCAAUCCUUCAAGAGUUUCUCGAACUCCAUAUGCGGCCAGUAGCCGUUAAAGACUUGCUAGGAACUGAAUCCGAGUAUAUAUACAUCAGGUUCGGCGGUCCCCUCCCAAGCGGUAAGAUCGUCUGCAACGAUUCAGAACUCACUGUUGGUGGCGAGCUAUUCCGAGCGCUAAGAUAUAUACGGGACGAUGAAACACCUCGGCGGAUUUGGAUCGACGCAGUUUGUAUAAACCAAGAUGAUCUCCAAGAGCGAGCAGAGCUCGUCAAGAUCAUGGGACAAAUCUACCAGAAUGCGUCCAUGGUGCGAGUCUGGCUAGGAGAUACAACUGGAGAAGAACACAAAUUGGGACAGACUCUGAGAGGUCUCCAGGAGAUAUUCACGGACUGUGGGGAAUCCUCGGACGACAAAGAGACACUAGCACAACGUAAGAAGCUAUUUCAGUCUCACCCGGAGUGGAAGUCUAUCAAUUGGUACGCUCUUGCGGACUUUUUCGACCGCGCUUGGUUUGAGCGCAUCUGGGUUGUACAAGAACUUGCUAAUGCAAAAAACGCCAUCAUCCAGAUUGGGCGCUACCUCAUUCACUGGGACGCAAUGGAGAAAGUCAUCGCCUUGCUGAGGCAUUACGGGGGUAACGACCAUAUCCCCCAUACUUCCGGUUUUGAAAGGGCCAACGAAGUGAGACGCCUCCGUGAGACGAGACAGUCCGGCAGACUCGUCUCCGAAGCUGAACUCCCUUCGAAAUUGAACGCCCUUCGCGAAUUCAAGAGCACUAUGCCAAUGGACAAGAUAUAUGGCUUGCUAGGGUUAAUGGACCCCGCCAUAUCAAUAGAAGUGAACUACGCAAAGAGCGCAGAAAGCCUCUUCACAGAUCUCGCCGUGCGAUAUCUACAGCAUGGCUGUAUGGAUAUGCUGUAUUAUUGCAGCGAGCUACAUCAGCCAACUUCAUUGAGUCUCCCGUCAUGGGUUCCCGACUGGACUCGACAACGGUGGACAAGACCUUUCCUAAUGCGUGGCUUGCCAUCCCAUGCAACCGGCGAUACCAGGUUCCAGCCGUCGGUCGAUCCCGACGGCCAGACCAUCCGCUUGCGCGGGCGCCUACUGGACAAGAUAUUGCUAGUCAAUGACCAGGCUGAGAUUCCUGUAGACCAGUUCGAGCCAUACAAUCGGACCGUCCACGGUGAUGCCCAGGCGCACAGAAGGUACACGGUUAAAGUGGAGCAGCGCAGGAUGCGUGAUGCAUUGGAGCAAUCGGUUCGACUCGCAUGGCCGAAUUCGGAUAGAUUCACGUGGGAAAAGUACGAAAACAUGUGGCGCACCUUCAUCUGCAAUCGCCUUAUAGAUGAUAGCAUUCCUACUGAGGAUUAUGGGUAUGCGUGGGAGCUGUUCAUGGGAAUGUUGCGCUGGCAAACAGCAAACAAGGACGAGGCCAAGAGCGGAUGCUAUUAUGAAGAGGUGGUCCCUGUUGAUACGACCGGCCUUCGUGAACAACAAAAACAGACAAAAGGCGAGGCCGGACUAUUAAGAUAUGGUGGCGCGCACACAAGAUGGUGCUACAACCGCCGCUUUUUCAUCUCUUCUGCAGAGAGAUACGGAUGGGCGGUGGACGGAACGAAGGCGGGUGACAUUGUCGCAGUUUUGUACGGCUGCCCCUACCCAUUUCUGUUACGGGAGAGCAGCGACGGAUCGUAUAAGAUCCUCGGCGAUUGCUACAUCCAUGGAUUGAUGGAUGGCGAAGCACUAGAGGGAGCAUUUGAGGAAAAAGAAUUCAUGAUCUCGUAG